GUUUAAACAUAAGCCGACAUAAUUCGAUAAUAUUAUGAUUCUAGAUAAAUAUAAACAAAAAACUAAUCGUUAAGAAAUUUUCAUGAUAAAUAGUGAUUUUUCUGUAGUGGUCAAAACUGCUUUGCUCCUUCUUAAAAUAGUUUAUUGCGUGAGCUCAUUUGUGGAACAAAACAUACCACUAUGAAAAGAAUGUCAUCUCCUGAAGAAUACCAGGAAGCAAUGGCCAAAGUUACUCUCGUUGAACGAAAUCCUACCCCAAACGGAACGCAGAUUGUAAGUAUGUAUCGGAGUGGCCGUAGAGAAGCAGAAGACAUCGUAGAACUGGCCAAAGAGAUCCAAGCAGCGGAUAUACAAGUCAAAAAUAAUGCAUGUGCCAAACUGUUGGUCAUAGCAGAACAGGUACGGUUUCUACAGGAACAGGCACGGAAAAUACUUGAAGAAACGAACGCAGCUGAAAAUUUACACCAUGCUGCGUGUAAUUUCAAAAAAAUACCUGGACAUAUUUAUCACUUAUAUCGGCGAGAAUCAGGACAGACAUUCUUCAGCAUGCUGUCACCGGAGGAAUGGGGAGUGGACGGUUGUAAGCACACCUUUGUGGGAAGCUACCGCCUGGAGCAUGAUCAGUCAUGGACGACCAUUGAAAACUUGCAGGAAGUCAGCAACAAUCUUAAAUGGGCUAGAAAUCUGUUGAAAACGACAGGAGAAAACAAAAAUGUGCUGUCAAUCGGAGGAAUUAAAGAGGAAGCAAUGGAGACAUGAUUAGACAGCUUAUGAAGUUAAAUUCUUAUCCAUGAAUUUGCCUCCAACUUUCGAUUGUAUACAGCGAGAGACGAAUAAUGUGCUGUUUAGAAUUCAAUAUCAACAUAAUGAAAUACGCCUCACGACUUAAUGUUUUACAAAAGUUUAUUUCACGCGCAUCCAGUUUUGGGAAUAAUUUAUAAUGUAUUAAAAAAAUAUAAGAAGCAGUAGUCUUAAAAGAAUU